UAACGGUUACUUUAACGACAUCACUGUGUCUGCGGGUCGCAGGAAAGAAUCACUUCAGAAUGAACAAUUUACGUCGAAAAAUACGACCAUUAAGGAUAUAUUGCUGACUCCUCCACGUGAAAUACAGUUUGUAUUCGUUAUGGGACACGGGUCUGGCGGUUAUAUGGAACUGUGCGAGAUUAUGAUAUACCGACAAGCAGACUGCCCCCUCAGAAGUUACAGCGUCUACUGUGCCAAGCAAUGCCAUUGCCUUGAUGGCCCAUGCGACAGUGUCACAGGUGCAUGUGAAAAUGUGAUCUGUGAAGACGGCUGGAAAGGAAAUGCGUGCAAUGAAACUGAGGUGUCGCUUUCUACAAAGUGUCAUUCUGAUAAGUAUUAUUACGCCUUAUUAGCUGUGUCUUCAGUCUUUGGAGUUGUUGUUACGGCUGCAAUAGUAUGUAUUGUGAUAAACAGAAGAAAUAAUCAGCAAUCUGCUGAAGUAGCUCCUGCUAACAGAGAAUCGUCUUCUCCCGAAAUAUACGGCAACUUGCCUCAAACAUCAAGGAACCCUGACAACUAUGACUGCCUUCAAAUGCGAACAGUCGAGCAACCGCGACGCAUAUAAAAUGGAAGAAAAAAAAGUUUUUUUCAACGGGAGGUUAAAACUAAUAAUUUGAAGACGUUAUAAUACAAAUGCAUUAUAAGAUGAUUUGUUUAGAUUUGCCAGAUGAAAAUCAGUAUUUUGAAACUGAUUUAAAUAACUGCCUUAUCCAACGCAACAUAAGGCGAACAUGUGUAUAAAGAAAAUAUAUACCGACGGAUAGCUCUACCAGCAAUUGUACUGAUCUCGUUAUAACAACGAAUUACUCACUCCAUUGUUUGAAAUGCCAAUGGCCAAUCUCGACACAUAGUAGUCGGAGCUAACGCAGAUAAUAUGAUUUACACUAGGAUCCGAAGGACAUAAACAGUUUACAACCGCGCCAAAAGGAUUUUCCUUGGUUAAUGUUUCCAUGUUAUAUGUUGUAUGUUAGCUUUUUCUUUGGUGCUUCCUGCCUAUAUUUUUCAGUUGAGUAGUAGCGGGCACUAGGACACUUACGCUUUGUUCUAGUACCAGCACGUACUAGAGAAGCAAAUAUGUUGUACAAUUGGAUGUGUUCCCCUUUUGUGCAGAUUUGGACAUCACAACGUCAGUAAGAACCUAGUGUUCAGCCUACUGCCAAUGCCUGCUUUGUUGUUUGUUUGUGUUUUGCACUGUUUGUCUUAUGUUCCUUAUUAUGCUUUAAAUCAGUCAUAUAUAUGUGCUUAAAUGUUUCGUUUCUAA